AUCGGUUGAUGAAAAGAAGGUGGAAUAUGAGAAUAUAAGGCACGGGUGAUAUAAGACGGCAAUCGAGCGCUACAAGCGGCAGAAGUGUUUCAUAUUGUUGAUAAAUUUCAUUUACUUUCUUUCGUUCGUUCAAAUAAUUUGACAGGAAAAAUAUAAUCGCUGUUCUGCGUUUCGUUAAUGUAUCUGACAAUAACAAUUGUUCUACAAAAUGUUAAGUAAAAUAGUUAAUAUGACAUACUAUCGAUUCAUAGUCUGAUUGGUUAAGCCAGUGUUCAAUGCAAGUAUGGCCGCCCUGCCAUCACCCACGCAGGUGGCUGGAAGCCAUACUGCUAUAUAUGAAGCUUAUUAUAACCAGGUGGAUCCAAACGGAUAUGGACGAAUUGGUGCGAUGGAAGCUGCAAGAUUUCUUAAGAAAUCCCAGCUGAGUGAUGUUGUAUUAAGUAAGAUAUGGGAUAUGGCAGAUCCACAAUCACGUGGAUCAUUAGACAAAUCUGGUCUUUUUGUUGCUCUCAAACUUUGUGCAUUAGCCCAAGCAGGAAGAGACCUUAGUAUGUCAAAUUUAAAUAUAGAAUUGCCACCUCCAAAAAUGGGUGAUAUUCCUGUAAUAUCUCAAAAAAAUAUAGUAAAUACUGUACCAGUAAUAACAUCUGUCAGUAACGGAGAUUGGUCUAUUAAACCUUCAGAAAGAGCCAAAUAUGAUCAACUUUUUGACAGUUUGCAACCUUCAAAUGGAUAUAUACCUGGGAAUAAAGUAAAGGAUGUUCUUAUGGAUAGUAAACUUCCUUUGGAUACACUUGGAAAGAUUUGGGAUCUUGCAGAUAUGGAUAAAGAUGGUAUGCUGGAUAGACAUGAAUUUGUUGUUGCUGUGCAUUUAGUGUAUAAAGCUUUAGAGAAAUAUGCUAUACCAAGUGUACUUCCACCAGAGUUAAUGCCACCAGCAAAAAGGAAAGAUUCUACAACACCAGUACCAAAAUCUCCUGCACCAAUUGCUGUAAUUACAACAGUCCCACCAUCUAUCCCACCUUUACCCAAUGUACCUCCAGUGAAGAGCAUGGUUGGUUUGGAUACAGUAAAGACGAAUGUACAGUGGGUAGUAUCAUCUGAGGAUCAAAUAGCAGCAGACAAACUAUUUUUGCAAGCUGAUUUAGAUAUGGAUGGGUAUGUCUCAGGUAUUGAAAUCAAAGAUGUCUUCCUUCAAAGUGGACUUCCACAGACUGUCUUAGCUCAUAUAUGGAGUCUUUGUGACACAUGUCAAAGUGGAAAGUUAAAUAAAGAACAAUUUGCUCUAGCUAUGUGGCUUAUUAAACAAAAACUCAGGGGUGUUGAACCACCCACAGCUUUGAGCCCUGAUAUGAUACCACCAUCCAUGCGAAAACCAACUGAAUCUGUUGUGGAAAACAAUAAUGUCUCUGGUUAUUCAAACCCAGAAUUGGACAUGAUAAGUAAAGACAUAGCAGAACUUGUAAAAGAGAGGCAAAGUAUGGAACAAGAUAUAGCACAAAAGGAAGCUGAUAUUAAGAUAAAGAACGGUGAAAUUAAAAGUUUACAAAGCGAACUGGAUACACUUGCUGCUACAUUAAAACAAUUAGAAAAUCAGAAAGGUGAAGCACAAAAGCGAUUAAAUGAUUUAAAAGCUCAGAAGACAGAAGUAGAUAAAGAUUUGAGUGAGGUCGAGCAGAAGAUACGUGAAGAACAGAAAAAGGUUGAUAAAUUACGUCAACAAGCAGAAGAGCAAGAAUCGGUAUUGCGUGCUCAAGAAGAAGAACUGAAUUUUAAACGACAAGAAUUGGAAGGCUUGAAACAAGAAGAACAGCAGUUAGAACAGCAACAAAAUAAAAGCAGGGACCAAUUAAAUGAACUCACUAAAAAUUUGCAGGAUACACAGUUGCAAAUUUGUCAAGCAAAAGCAAAAAUCACUCAUUUACAAGAACAACAACGGCAAAUGAGUGACGCAAUUGCACUUUAUGACUCUGCACUUGCAGCUGGGGAUGCCACACUUGUACCUGAUACUAGUCUGCAAUUUAAUCCCGAAAUUGAAAGCUUAGAAUAUGAGAAAACAAGCGAAGAAGAUAAGAUUCAAAAUAAGAAAAAUAUUCAAUUUUCUAAUACAAAUGGAGCAACAAUGGAUGGGUUUGAACAAGAUCCUUUCGCGGAACCAUUUAAUAAUGCAUCAACACCGGAUCCAUUUGGAAGUGCAUUUUCAUCUCCAAAUACUACUGGAGGAGGAGGAGGAGGAGGAGGAGGAGGAGGAGGAGGAGGGGGAUUCACAUCUGACCCAUUUAGCGUAUUUGAUGAUAGCAAUGCUGUUGUGAAACAAGAUCCGUUUGAUCCAUUCGGAGAUGGAAAAAGAAAUGAUACUAAAGCUACCGCUGCAACAUCAGCGACAAAAGAUCCAUUUGGAGAUGAUCCGUUCGCAAAUCUUCAUGCACCACCUCGACCAGAAAGUCCUAGUCCUGCUCUCCCUCCUAAAAAAGCAAAACAACCUCCACCACGACCAGCACCUCCUCGACCGUCUCAAGGACCUACCGGUCCUCUACGAGCAGCACCGGCACCGCCUACACCUUCUCCUACACCUGAUCCCUUUGCAAAUGCUUUUUCUGCUCAACAAGGCAUAAUAGAUAACAACAACAGUAAUAAUUUUAAUACGUCUACUGGAUUUGCAGAUUUUGCUAAUUUUGAUUCUAAGCCGGAACCAACACUGACUCGAACGGCACCACCCAGACCAACCAGCAGAACACAUACAGUAUCAACGGUAACUCCAAAGCUGCCGGAUUUCACGGAAGAUCCCUUCAGAGACUAUCGAUACGAAGAUCCCUUUAACAUACCAGAUCCUUUCGCCGAUGAUGCAGAAGAUCAUAACGCGAAUAAGAGUGAAACAACGGCUGGCAACGUGGAUCCAUUUAGUUAUGGAACAACCUCGGUACUCUCUCGUAAAAAUUCGUUCACCAAAAGCUUCGAUAUUGAUUUCUCAAAUACUUUUCCUCUGACUAAAAGCAAGUUUGAGAAAGACAAUGCUAAAUUCGAUACUGAUUUCGUGAAAGCAUUCUCUGACGACAACAGAAACAUAAAGACCAUCGACUCUGAUGCGUUUUCAAACUUCAAGAUAAAAACGGUUGACAUAGAUGAGGCAUUUUCCACCAAGAAUGAAAAAUCUGCCAGAAGGCACGGACAAGAUUUAGCACACAAUAGAUCUAAAACUACUUUUAAUGAUAAAAAAUCGAAAAAUGACAUGGGUAAAAUUUGGAAUGGUAACAAUGCACCGCCUCUCUCGUUGAGCGAAGAAGAGCAAUUUGUUUGGGCAUCUCAACAAAGCUUAAAGACCGAGGAGGAAAGGCGUAAGCGCAAACAGCAAGAAGAGGCUGAAUUAGCUUUAGCCCUUGAACUAAGUAAGCAAGAAAAAUCCGGGAAAUUGUAAAUUUUAUCGGUAAAAGCACUUUCUGUUUCAUUUGUUUGAUUGAAUUGAAACAUAUACAUAUAUAUAUACAUAUAUAUAUAUAUAUAUAUAUAUACAUAUAUUUUCGGGCACAACGACUUUACGAAUCUUCAUAAUGAAAUCAGAACUGAAAGAUAUAUGAUAUGUUAACUUAUUAUUAAUAACUAUGAGAUCUGUGCUAAUGAAAGGCUAUGAAGGAUAAUCGCGUAAUGCUUAUUUUUAAUACUACUUAGCAUAUCAUAAUCACGGUGGCACGAAAACAGAAAUUGAAUCAAGCAUACAUGCAUCCAACAAUUUAUAGAAACAUUAAUUAUGCAACAUCAAGAAACAUUUCACUGCGUACGAAGUCGGUUUUGGAUGUGAUCUUAUUGGUUUUCAUCCGAUACAGGAUACAUUUAAGUAUUCAACUAUAUAGUUACAAACAAAUCUCUCGAUGCAUUGAAUACUAUUUGAACAUUAAAAAAAAAAAAAUUAUAUCGAACCACGCGCUCUUUUCGAUACUCUGGUUUACCACAGAGGAAUCGAUCGAUUUUGUAAAAAAGUGAAAGGAAAGGAAAGAUUAAUCAUUGCCUUGCAAUAUCGAAUUCUAAGAUAAUGACACUUAUAUACUCGUAGUUGGUUGUACACUAUCGCUAACGUUAAAUUAGCAUGUAUAAAAGCAAAAUAUAAUGGCAGAUUAUUGGAUUGACAAUAAAAAAAAUGUUAUGUACACGUAUCCAGUGAGUUCAAAGUGAGCGGAUUAGUAAUAUAAAUGGUUAUCCGCAUUUGAGCAGAUAAAAGAUUCUCAACAUCGUUAUACGAAGUACACUUUAAUAUAUAUAAUAUACAUCUGUACAUUUGCGAAUAACAGCGGAGUGUAACAUUUCUGUUUGUUUGAUCUGCACUAUUAACGAUGUCUUAUGCAUGAUACUCUAACUCGGUACAUGUCUUCGUCAAUAUUUACCAGAAGGCAUUGAAUAAGCGACAUAAAAAAAUCAUUCUGGCUAUAUAAACGUUACUAGGUAGAAAUACACGAAACAUACGAUAUAUAAAGAUUAUUAAAAAAAUACUAUUACAUAUUAGUAUCCUUUUCGACAUGUUAUUAUUGUGUGUAAGAAAAAUCGGUUACCGAUUAACAUAAAAAUGUUGCGUUUCACACUCUAAAUAGUACUAAAACUGCAAUAAAAUUCAAAUGAAAUGUUUAAUUUUUUUUUUUAAUAGACUCUGGACUUAAUAAACGGAUGACGAAUAGAAGGUGCGAAUAGUAAACAAUUGUAUUUGUUAUGUUGUAGUAGCGUAAGUGAACCGUUCCAAUAAUGUUUGUGAGAAUGCCGUCUGAUUCAGCCUUCGGUCUUAGUACGUCCCAAAGAAAUAAGGUGUUCAGAUAAAGCGUAGCUCCGUGUUUGUCCCCGAAUAAUCUCGCGUAGCAUGGAAUCGUUCGAAUCAAACACAAUGAGCCGCCUGUAUCUUUACUUUUACUAUUAUAAUCAUAUAACUUUACAACGACAAUGUAUUACGCAUGCUGUAUAUAUUUCUAUCUGUAUUAUUUCAUGGUAAUUAUUAUAAUAAUUAUGUUAUUGUUAUAUCGCUAUUAUGAUUAUUAUUAUUACGAUUACUAUUAUUAUUAUUAUUGUCAUCGUCAUCGUCGUCGUCUUCAUCGUCGUCGUCAUCGUCAUCGUCAUCAUCAUCAUUGAUAGUGUAAUAACUAUAUCAUAAAAAUACCAAGCGUUGUCAAUAUACCAUUUACUACCAGUGAACAAGAAAGGAAGAAAGAAGAAGAAGAAGAAGAAGAAAAAGUUAAAUGACUGUAAAAUCGUACUAUAUUAUGUGUUAUUGAUAUAAAUAUGGUAUUAUUGUGUAUCGAUAUCGUUGCUGUUUUGGAUGCUUCGAGAGUAUACAUACGUACAUCACACGGUGGCAAAUAAGUAGUAACUCGCGGGAAUCGAAGACGUGUGUGCCAGAACGAAUAUUUAUCGGAAUAAACCAAAUGACCUAAUGCCACGCUUAAUUCCAAUAAUUUAGAGGGCCUCGUCCAAAGAGUCGAAUUAAUCUUCGGUUGUACGAACUAUAUUUUACUAGUAAUAACGAAUGAUACAUCGUUUGACGAAAUUUCAUUAUAUCUAUUUUCAUCGUUUAAUAUUUAACAACGAUAUUUCUAUAAUUAUUUUACAAGAUGAUAUUCUUUUCUUUCUAUUAAUUGAACGAUUACGUUUCUUAUGUAUCAAUUUGUGAUUUUUAUUCAAAAUAUGAAUAUUAUUCUAGAAUGCUUUCAAUUUAUUAUAUCGUUUAAAGGUAAUUCCUAUUCCUUCUGUAAAUCUCAUGUGUAAAUUGUGUAGCCUUUAGAUUUCUACAAGAUAUUUAUUUGAUAAUUCUAAUGCAAGAAAGUUGGAACAAUAGAAGAAAUAAAAUUCGAUGAACUUUGUAUUUUUUCCGCAGAUAUGUUUAACUCAUUCUGUUGCAUAUACCAGAGGAUGAACGUACUGGAAGAAAAGAUAAUACACUUUAACGAAGAGCAUACAUAUGUAUACAUGAGAUAAAUCGAAGUAUAUACAUAUACGCAUGCACUACCGAAUAGCGUAUUUAAAAUGCGUUUAGAAAACCUGACUGCGACAUAUUUAGACUACGUAUAAAUAGAAAACGCUUUAUUCCAUUUUGUUUUUGUUAAUACUUAAAGGACGAUGAACAUAUACAAGUGCUACUAAGUCAGAACGAACAUUGUAACGAUACGUUUGAUUUCAGCGAUUCGAUAUCUGUAGAAAUUUGUAUUUAAAUGCGAAAAACGUCUGUAAGUUUCUUUUUAUUGGCAAACUUAAAAAAAGGUAUUUAAAAAUUUAUUCUAUGCCUCGUUUUAAUUAAAUUAUACUUUAUAAUGAUACUUAAAUUAUGCAGAAAAUUGUUAGUGAAAUUGGAACGAUGAACGUACUUGUCCAUUAAGUUUUAACAAUAAAGUUACGUUACAAUAAUACAAGUAAGAUGAAAUUAUUAAUAUCGUUAUCGAUAAGAAAAAAACGUUGAUAUCGUUGUUACCAAUGUGCAGGUGUGCUAAGUGAACAGGUGUGCAAAAUUGUUAAAAUCUCUUUCGUUCAUGCUACAUUUGUUACGAUAAUUUAUUCGACGCAACAGAACACCACCCAUGCAAAGUUGCAAAAUAUGAAUGUCGAAUACGAGUUUGUUUAUCGAUAUCAUCGUACUCCUCUACGCUGUUUCAAUAUUCUCGACGAAAUCCUUUAUCUCUGACAUAGUCAAAACCAUCGACAUAACGUAAAUUAUUAUAUCACGUAUCGUUAAAAGCGCUAUACUCUCAUUUAUUUUGUGAUAUAUAUUUCGUUAUUUCGAUAUUUGAACAUCGUUUCAACGAUGAAUGUUCUCUCUGAAUAUGUUUUCCUUUCUUUUAUCAUCUUCGUAUCUUCUAUAAAAUGAAAUUUAAUCUUUUCUACACCUUUGUCCGUCAAAAAAUAUAUUUCUAUACUAUUAUCGAAAGACAUAUUUUAUAAAAAUAAAAUGAAAAAAAAUGUCAAAGAAACUUCAGUAUCAUCGCGUCGAGAAUGAGGAUAACAUCGUUCAGGAGGUCACACAGGCAUACCUUGACUAAAGAACAUUAAUAUAUGUACAAUCCAUAUCGAAAUUGUUAUAAUUCACAUGCAAAUAACACGAGUUUUCGAAUAGUAUGUGACAAAGAUGUGUAUGUAAAUGUACUUGAACUAUGUGUAAUUAACUAAUUCAAGUUAUUAAUCUCUCAACUGGUGCGCGGUAACGGAAGUCGACUAUAUACGGUGUACUGUGCACAAAGAAUGCUGGUUUUUUUAUAUAUAUAUAUAUAUAAAUAUAUACAUACACUUAGCGAUUCGAGAAACAUAAAAGCGACGUAAAAGAAAAAAGAAGGGAGUUGUAGCGAUGCUUUGUUAAUUUUAUGUCCGCGACUCCCUCGCGUAGUAAUAAAUAAGAGAAAGAUGUCGCGUAUAUCACUUUUGUUCUCUGUGUGUAAUCAGCAAAUAAAUUACUCACGAUGUUACAUUGAUUAUACAAAUAUACAUAAAUGUAUGUAUUUUCGGUAAAGAAAUUUCUCCGAGAGACUGAACAUCGUAGAAAAUCGUCCUUCGAAAGACAGGAAUUUCGAUUAGAGGUUUCUUCACGCGCGACUUUUAUAUUUCCGAGAACAAGGUUCUCGUUUUAGGUGUUGCCUCUGUUAGGUAUCUUAUCACAUGGCGAUUAAUCUUGUCGACAUUAUUUUCGAAUCAUAAAAUAAGAAAAGGCGGCAAGAUGCGAAAAGCUUGAAAAAAUGUUGCUCUAUCGAUCGAUCGGAAGAAGUAACAAAAAACAAAAAAAAACAAAAAGAAAAGAAAAAAGUAAGAAUUACUUUUAAGGCAACGUUUGAAAGCUCAUCGGAGAAAUCUUCACCGUCAAGGACGUGAUUGAAAAGUAUUCUAGAAAUUAAAAGCAAAUAUUCGUCAACUUCAAAUUUCUCCGCGAAACCGAAAAACAAUUAGUGGAACCUCGAAGGUGUCUAUCAUGGCCAAACGAGAUCCAAAUGUAUACGUAAUUGCGUAAGAGUUAUCGAAAUUUGUUUGCUGUUUGUUUAACAUCGAAAGAAUGCUGUUGCACAUGUGUACAUGUAGGUGAAACGCACGCCGACAAUUUUCUCAAUUUUUCAUGUAUCGCGAAAGUAGAAGAUGUUGAGACUGUAUUACUAAUAUACUUUAUUGCUACCCACGUGCAUUCCAGUGUCUCUAAAAUUUGAGUAAGAGCGAGAUUCUGUUGUAUGAAACAAUACUCUUCGAAAGAAAAAUGAUAGAACAGUAUCGUUUGAUACAACCAACGUAACGAAAUCGCAAGCUCUUCUUGUUGAAAUUAUUCGUUGGCGAAUUGCAACCUGUACGAGAGGUAUUAUGUUCCUUCUUCGUUGCUUAUGUCCUACCUGAUUUUGUAAUUAAAUAAUUUCACUAACAUGUCCCAUGCCGUAUGAGAUGAUGUUAAUAAUAUAAACAUUGAUCGAAAACAUUUGUUUAAUAGAAAUAUUCUUCUGUUUAAUAUUAAACUAAAAUAAAAAAAGAAAAAAUUUUGUUAUAUAUUCACAAUAUUUAUAUAAUUAGAUAUUGUAAUUUAAUAUGUUAAUACGAUUCGACGAUAUCAUUCGAAAUGUUACAUUUCUUACGGUGUCGAACGUGUUAAGUAUCUUUGCUCAACGUCUAAGUAUCUCGUAAGAUAUCUAUUUCUAUUUCGUAAAAUGUAUCAAGAAAGAUAUGAUUUAUUGCUUUUUGUGCUACAAGUUGAAGAAUCAAUUAGAAGUCUGAUCGUUCGAGACACGCUGUUGUACGCUCUAAAUAUUCCUGAAUGCUCGCUAUUUAGCUGGUAACAAAGAUAAUCUGUUGUUCGCCAAGCGUAUGCCAAAAGUGCAUGCGAGUAGUAAUUUAUUAUUAUCGCUCGUUGGAACUCGCGUUAAAUAGACAUCGUACAACGCUCGUCGUGGUUCUCAAGUGGACGUAAUUGAUGAUCUUUCAUCGAAUCAUUACAAACAUGAAUAUUUCACGAGUAUCGUAGAAACUAUUUCCUCGCUCGAAAAUCUUAAGACAAUUAUUAUAUUAGGUUAAAAAUUGGAUAAGACUACGUAUACAAUAAAGAUAUCAAAAAUUUUUAGUUAUAUGAUAAAGAAAGUAAAUGUUAUUGAGACAUGCAUGCAAUUUAAAAUUUAUACUUUACAUCGGAUACCAAGGUUUUAUUAAAAAUGGUAAAUGCCCUAAGAUUUUUGAGUGGGAGUAUACAUAUUUCGAUAAUUAUAUCAAAGAAGUUUCCUGAAACGCAAGGAAACGGCUAUUCAUCGUUGUACUUUCGAAACUUCUUUCACAUUAUCGAUUCUUAUUGAUUUAUAACACAUCGUUUCUAUAUUUUUGCAAAUAUCGGAAAACUUCAAUGGUAUCUUAAAUCGAUCGUAAACAUGUAUUUGCAACUGGACAAAAGAAUACUCAAGCCAAUUAACUUUUACGAAUUCGAUAUACACGCUUAUAUCCUUCGUCUCAUUUUUCUUGAUAAAAAAAUACCAAGUUUAUAAUCAAGUUUUGUUAUAUGACCACUCCGUGGUCAUGUGAUUAACAAAUAUAUUGUACCGAUGUUACGAGUUCUUAUAGGCAAAUACCUAUAUAGCAAAUCGUUGUUUAAUAUAAUAUAACCCCUUGUACAUAAUAAGUUUAAAUAUACAAACAUCUGGUUCA